UACUAGCUUUCAAAAAAGUCCUAUAUUCAAAGUGCCAAUCACUCUCCAAAAAUCACUUGUCAAAUAAAAAACGACUCUCCAAAAAUCUGUUAAACCAUGGAUCAGAAGAAGGCCCAACCAAGUUUAAUGAUGGUUGUUCUCAUCCACUGCCUAUUUCUCAAGAGCCAUAUGUCCAUGGGAGCUGAUGAUACCAUCUCUGAGAACCGAUCUCUCUCCGGAGACCAAACCAUUGUCUCUGCAGGUCAUGGAAUCUUUGUACUGGGAUUCUUUAAACCAGGUAAUAAUUCUUCGAACUAUUACUUAGGAAUGUGGUACAAAGAAGUUCCACACACCAUUGUUUGGGUGGCUAAUAGAGAAAAACCUGUCAUGGAUAGAUUUUCUUCAGAAGUAAGAAUCUCUAAUGGCAAUUUAGUUCUCUUCAAUGAGUCCAAACUCCCAAUUUGGUCCACGAAUGUGAACUCCAGUAGUUCACAUUCAACGAUUGCUGUUCUUUUAGACAAUGGAAACCUUGUUUUAAAAGAUGAUUCUAAUUUGUCAAAACCAAUAUUGUGGGAAAGUUUUGAUUAUCUAACUGAUACGUGGCUACCGGGGAGUAAACUCGGAUACAACAAAAAGACCCAACAUAAGUACAUGGUAACUUCAUGGAAGAAUUUAGAGGAUCCAUCCCCGUGUCUUUUCUCUUUGGAGCUAGUCCCAAGUGAGAACACUUUUGUGAUCAUGUGGAAUAAGUCUAGGAUCUAUUGGAGCAGUGGAGCUUGGGAUGAAAGCACUGAAUCUUUUAGCUUAGUCCCUGAGAUGGGGCGGAGUUCUUACAUCAACUUCACCUUCGUUUCAAAUGAUAACGAGAUCUGUUUAUCCUAUUCUUUUAUUCACCCAAAAAAGAAAAAUAUCUACAAUCUCAAUAGCACUGAAGACACAGUAGUUAGAUUUUCUAUGGAUGUUACAGGGCAGUUUAAGGAACUAAUACUGAAUCCUAACAAGGAAUGGGAUACGUUUUGGUCUCAACCGAGAGAACAAUGCGAAGUCUAUGCUUUUUGUGGGGCAUAUGGAAGUUGCAAUGACAAUUCAGUGCCAUUUUGUAAGUGUCUAAGGGGGUUUGAACCAAAGUCGCAACAUGAUUGGGAUUUGAAGGACUACUCUGGCGGGUGCAUCAGAAAAACCAAGCUUCUUUGUGGGAAAAGUACAGACGGUGCAAAUGGCGACAGAGAUAGAUUUGUAAAAAUUCCAAGCAUGACGUUGCCUGAAAAUAAACUAUCAGAGCAUGUGGAGAACACCGAAGCUUGCGAAUCAUUCUGCUUAAACAACUGCUCUUGCACUGCUUAUUCUUACGACAACACAGGAUGUUCAAUUUGGAAUAGAGACCUCUUAGAUCUGCAACAGCUCGGAGUAGGUGACGGUAGGGGAAGAAGUCUCUACGUUCGUUUAGCCGCUUUUGAGUUUCAAAGUACUAAAAACGGAAAGAGACCAAUCAUUGUUGUUGUGAUUGGUUCAGUUGUUGGAUCAGUAGUUGCCUCAAUAUUCUUACUACUACUCGUCAUUCUGUUUUUAGUACUAAGGAGAAAGAAGAUAGUUUGGAGAGGAAAAGGAAUGGACGGCACAUUGGUGGCAUUUGGAUUCAGAGAUUUGCAGAAUGCAACGAAGAACUUUACGGAGAAAUUGGGUGGAGGAGGUUUUGGUUCAGUCUUUAAAGGGAUAUUGCCUGACUCUACUAUUAUAGCGGUGAAGAAGCUUGAAAGCGUUAGUCAGGGAGAAAAGCAAUUCCGAGCAGAAGUUAGCACAAUUGGGAAUAUCCAACAUGUUAAUCUCGUUCGACUUCGAGGGUUCUGCUCUCAAGGUGCUAAAAAGCUAUUAGUCUAUGAUUUCAUGUCCAAUGGCUCUUUAGCUUCUCAUCUUUUCCAUCAAAACACUUCGAAUGUCUUGGACUGGAAAGAAAGGUACGAAAUUGCUCUGGGAACAGCGAGAGGGUUAGUUUAUCUGCACGAGAAGUGUAGAGAUUGCAUCAUACACUGCGAUAUCAAACCCGAAAACGUUGUCUUAGAUGCAGAUUUCUGUCCUAAAGUUGCAGAUUUUGGGUUAGCCAAACUUGUUGGAAGAGAAUUCAGCCGGGUCUUGACAACCAUGAGAGGGACAAGAGGUUAUCUGGCACCGGAGUGGAUCGCAGGAGUGGCAAUAACAUCCAAAGCAGAUGUCUACAGCUUUGGAAUGAUGCUUUUCGAGCUUGUAUCAGGGAGGAGGAACUCAGAGCAAACAGAAAUAAAUGGAAAAUUAAGGUACUUCCCAAGUAUGGCUAUAAGCGUUGUUGUCGAAGGAGGCGAUGUGCUUAGCCUAUUAGAUCAAAAGCUUGAAGGUAAUGCAAAUGCCGAAGAGAUUGAAAGAGUGUGUAAAGUAGCUUGUUGGGGCAUCCAG